AUGUCGGCAUACCUGGACGAACAAACCCCCCAUCUCCGUUCACUGCACGAUCAACUGUCCUUACCUCCUGAAGUGUUACAGGCGGAUCUAGCGAGGAUAGAUGCCGCUAUCAAGGGGGUGAUCACAUCGAUAAUACGAGAGAGGGAAGCACAAGUCGACACUUUGAAAGAUGAGAUCGCUCAGAAUAAACGAGACAUCUCGAAUCUGGCUAGAGCAGUAGGAGACAAAGGGAGAGAUAUCGUUGCGUUGAGUAGGAGAGAGAGUCUUGAAAAUGAUACAUUGCCAAAGCAGCUGGAAAGGUUGACAAGCCAGAUGAACGAGUUGAAGACUAUAUACGAUGAGAGGCUAAAGCACAUACAGAAACAACAAGCAACUCUCGAUCAGCUAUCUACCCUUCUCGGUCCCCCAUUCCAGCCCUCGAAACCACUUCAACCUGUCGCGUCGUCCUCCAAGCAGACUCAACCAUCUGCUUCAGUACCAGCAGGAGAGGUGAAGCAGCGAUCAUCUGGGACUACGCUCGCUCAGCAGAUAGCAGGCGGUAAAGUACCUUCGACAUGGUACGACUUAGGAGAAAGUAUAAGUGAGGAACUGGAUGAAGCUGUAGCGAAAGCGCUGGAAGAACGGAGCUCACGACGGAAGAAUUUAUGUCAGACACUUUUCAAUUUAAUAUGGCUACAUUCCGAACUUGCUCUUCCUCCCGUACCCACAUCCUCACCCCACCAUUUCCCUCCCGAGCUCUUACCGUCUCACGAGGAAGAAGAGACUCCAGGAGCUUAUGCGACAUAUGAAAAGAUCCUGCACCGCGUGAUAGGCUCGAACUCCCUGCCUCCCGGCGAAUGCGAAGAGUGGGAUGAAGUAGAGGAUCUACAGGGAAUGGACAAUGUCGAACCUGAGAUAGGGUUGAUAGAAUGGUCAGAUGAAUUGACAGAAUUGUGGAACACAAGGAAAGAAGAGCAUGAAGCUAGGAUACAGGAAUUGUAUAAUCUCGUUGAACCUCUCUGGACUAGGUUGGAUGUUGAUCAAGCAACGAUGGAUCUGUUUGUCGAUAUGAAUAGAGGUAGUGGUGAAGCUGUCAUCAAAGCUUAUGAAGACGAGUAUGAGCGAUUGUUGGAAUUAAGAAGAUCAAGUUUAUCGUCAUUCAUUGAGAAUACAAGAAAAGAGAUUGAUGCCCUACAGACGGAAUUGAUGUUGAGUGAUGACGAAAAAGCGGAAUUUGGUGCAUAUAUCGAUGACAAUUAUACUGAGGAGCUUCUUCACUUACACGAAGAGGAGAUAAAUCGACUGAGAGAAGAAGUGGAAUCGAAAUCGACCUUACUGCCGAAAGUGCGCGAAUGGCACGCCUUAGUGCGAGACGAAGAGGAAUUGGAGAGGAGUGCGAGCGAUCCUAACAGAUUCAAGAUGAGAGGAGGUGCAAUGUUGAAAGAGGAGAAGAUGAGGAAGCGAGUGACAGUAUUGAAGCCCAAGAUCGAGACUGAACUGCUGGCGAUGUUACCUGAAUGGGAAGAGACUCAUGGACGACCGUUCUUGGUGUCAGGUGAAAGGGUUAUAACGAAGAUCGAAGAGGAACGAGAAGCUAAAGAAGCUGCAAAGGAAGCUAAGAAGCGAGCCAAACAAGGUCUUGCACCAGCUAAAACCCUCCCCUCGCGACACACUCCUGCCCCAAGCACGAUAUCUCGUCCUACUACCAGCUCCCAAAACCCUAUCAAGCGAUCCGCACCCACACCAACACCUAUGACCAUUCAGCAGAACAAGAAACCACGUUUGAUACCAGGUACAGGUACUUCCACAAUAUCCUCGUCGAUGUACGGCUCGUCCAUUCGACCGAUGAGGUCCGUCUCGGCUACCCACAGCACAAAUCGAGGUGGAGGUGGCGGUACGAUUUCACCCACACCUUAUAUGAACGGUAAACGAGUGAUGUCACAUUCUAGUGCUGCCAUGUCGAUCUCAAGGAUACCGUCGAUAACGACGGGAGGAGCAGGUAAAGGUCAAUUGAUGAUGGGACUAGGCAUCAAUAGGAAGAAUGGAGAAUUGAUAAGUAAAAAACCUAGAAUAAGCUUCAAACCUCGUCCGUCGGUGUUUCCUGCGAUGACUAAUGGAGGAGGAAAUAUUGAUGGUACUUGGGGUCUGGCAGAGGAAGAUGAGGAUGUGUUUUGA